GAAUCUGGCCAGGUACAGGAGCACGUCAGGUUACAGGGAAACCUGGGUCUAAGGAGCCGAGAUCAAUCGUUUGGGUGCAUAUUAUGCACUGGAGUCACCGGGCGGAAACAUGUACGUGAGUUAUCUCUUGGAGAAGGAGAGCAGUAUGUACCCGAAUUCCGUAAGACACCCCAGCUUGAACCUGAACCCUCAGAAUUUCGUCCCAGCGCCUCCUCAGUAUCCAGACUUCACGGGAUACCAUCACGUGCCUGGAAUUACCAACGACCCUCACCACGGCCAGCCGGGGGCCUGGAAUCCCGCGUACCCUCCUCCCAGAGAGGACUGGACACCUUACGGGCCCGGAACCGGAGCUUCGACCUCGAGCACCGGGCAGCUGGGCUUCAGUCCGUCGGAGUUUUCGUCUGUUCAAGCGCCUGGCCUCCUUCCGUCCUCCAUAAACACAUCGGUCGGGCAGCUGUCGCCCAACUCUCAGAGACGGAACCCCUACGACUGGAUGCGUCGGAGCGCGCCGCCGUCGAACUCAGGAGGGAAGACCAGAACAAAAGACAAAUACCGGGUAGUGUACACGGAUCACCAGCGUCUGGAGUUGGAGAAAGAGUUUCAUUACAGCCGUUACAUCACAAUAAGAAGAAAGGCAGAGCUGGCAACAGCUCUCAGUCUGUCGGAGAGACAGGUGAAGAUCUGGUUCCAGAACCGGCGUGCUAAAGAGAGGAAAGUCAACAAAAAGAAGAUGCAGCAGCCGCAGCCGGCCUCCACGACCACACCGACCCCGCCGGGUUCAGCUCUGCAGGGCAAUGUUGCCAUGGUCACCAGCAGCAGCGGUGGCCUGGUAUCACCAUCCAUGCCAAUGACUAUCAAAGAAGAGUACUGAAGACUUUGACUGUUAGCUCUUUUUACGAAGAGCCCUUUCACACACUUUCACACACAGAGUACUUCAAAUCAAAUCAACCCCUCGAUAAUAAAAAACACACAAAAGUGACUCGUGAAAAUGCUUAUGAAUGCUACGCCAAAUAAAAAUGAUUGAUCCGCGAAAAAAGGACUUUGGCUUAUAUAUGACACGCGCGUAUAAAUAGCACGCAGUUUUCGCGCGCGCGCAGCACGCGUCUGCUCCAGCGAAACCCAUCGCGCGGCACAAAUCACGAGCUUUCGGUUUUUUUUUUUAUAUCUACAAUAUUUAUAAGCGCGCCCGGGAGAUCGCGCAGACGAAGACUGUGAAAAUGCGCGAAUUAAAAAAAAAAAAAGUGGCCGAGAAACGCUGAAAAGUAACGCGGCGGCGUUCGAAGCGCGCGCGCGCGGACCGCUCCGGUUUCUUCGUUCCGGUGCUUUGUCACCGCCGCUCUUUUGCUCACCGCUGUAAACUUUGAUAUGUUUCGAGAUUGUAAAAGUGAAUUCAAAUGACUGUACAUUUCUAAAGUAAUUUGUAUGAAUAAAAAAAUAUAUGUUUUAUUGUGA